AUGAUUUACAACGGCCUUCACUUCGCCGACGACGGAUCCUCCGGAGUGAACCUUAUCCGUGGGGUUCCUGCUAGCUCGGGCCACCUCGAGAGCUACCUCGGCAUUAUACCUCGUUACCAAACAGGCCAGAUCCACUUGAACCUUCCUAACGUUACAGCUGUUCGUUCCAUCGAAUACCACCGCGGUUACUCCCUCUUGCCCGUCAUCACCGGUGAAGUUAAGACGCUUGCGUUUGCUAUCCUGUAUCAUCCGGAGUCGUGGGACGAAAGGGUUCCAUCCUUCUCUGCACCCAUUUUCGAAAUCGACUGUGACGACAUCUGCAUCAUCCUCUUUCCUGAGGGCGAGCCCAACAUGGAAGACCGCGACAAACGACUCUCGAAAGACCCCACCUUCCUCUCAGAUAUCGUGAACAAGUUCGGAAUGCGCUUUGACAAUCUCUGGGCGGAAAACCGGCACACCAUCUUCGUCGGCGGCGAGAGCUGGGCUCACCGACGGAUCGACCAGUAUACUGUAUUAUCAAGGAUUACGAGUGGGAAGCCCGGGGGUACUCGUUAG